UAUGAUCAGGUUAUAUACUACAUUUAUGAAGAAAUAUGUCGCGCAAACAUGCUCGCAUUGCUGCACUAUGAGCAUCGCCCGGUUCUGCUACAAAAUCAUUUUUGACAAUUGCUUAUUUUUUAAAAGUAACUAGUUGGUUUACGAAAGUAAUGUUUUCCUUUCUUUUAUCGAGCGAGCAUUCAUAAACAAAAAUGCUGUACAUGUUUCUUAGUGAGAAUAUCUAAACAGUAUUUCCAAAGCAAGAUUUCGGAGUUCACUGGUACUCAGCCUUUCUUGUUUUCGGGUCGGAGAAAAUAAACAUGAAAGGUAAGAAUAUGCAAAAGAGGCGCACAUGGUAGCUGCUGUUCAUUUUCGGACAAACUGGUAAUCGCAGCUUUAGUGUAAGUCCAACCAAUCAUCCAGUUAGUACAAUCUGUAUCGUUAUCUAAGCCUGAUGUAAGGCAUAUUUUCAUUGGUUGGUAUGUUGGUUCGGUUGCUUACCAUUGCCUCGUAGAUGUGAAAUAGACAAUACUAACACGAGUAAGUCGUCAUCCUUGUAAAAGGUUCAAAAAAAGGAAUGGAAACGACAACGAAAGUAUUUUGCUAAGGUAUCCGUGGAACAUCUUGAGUUGUUGCACUUGAACAAGAGGCUUCAGAAGAUAAGAAAAAGACAAUAUUAGCCAAAUGAUAAUGGAACAAGAUGAUGAUUGUGAGCCCAAAGAUUUGAGUAUGAAGUGCAGCAAAAGACUGAAGCCUAUUCCACCACCAUUAAAUCUUGGGGACAAUUCAAGUACUCUAAAAGAAUUUGCCAUAAUUGCUACCAGUCCCAAGAGUCCGUUAAUGCAAAAAAAUUUACCUUUUAGGAAAAGAGCUCAUAGCCUGUCUGGAGCCUGUGACAUUAGAACACAACCAUUUAUAACGGCAAAAAGUUCUGCUGUCAUAAAUACUUUUGAGACUUCACACAUCCAGAAAGUAGCACCAGUGGAUGAUCGAUCAAGUAUCUCCAGUCAGUCUCCUCCAAAUGUUAUACAAAACGUUCCCUGCAAUAGUAUUCAAGAUUCUACAAAUCCUGCCAUUUCAGUUACUGAGGAAGAUGUAACUGCAUAUCCGUCGUCUGAGUCCUCUACAUUGAUACAAUUACAAAAUUCAUCAAUGUGCAGUCCUUCAUGGAGCCCAACUCUGGGACAAGUAAAUAAUCCCGCCAUUUCUUCUGUCCUUUUGAGUCCAGUGGGUAGUAGCCGUGAGGAAUUGAAUGGUGUAAUAAAUAUGCACCCUUGGCCUACUCCAGUGUGGCACUGCUUUCAGCCAGGAACAUUAGUGAAAUGGGACAUGCCUUGUGGUGGAAAUAGUACAACAGGAAUGUUCCGUAUUGUUGAAGAACUUGGUCCUUCUGAUUGGAUUGGAGCCCUUCAAGUUGAGCAAGUGGAAGAAGAACAAUCUGAUUUACCAGUGUGCAUACAUUUCAGUUGUUUGGGAACAGGAGUGUACAUUACUGCACAGUGUCAUCCAGUGCAUACAUUUUUUGUAAAGGACAAAGGAUGGUGUGCUGCAUGUCCUGAACGAGUAGCAUUGCGCUAUCAAGUAUUAUGCCAACAACUUGAGCGAGGUGAUGUUUGUUAUCCACCUCAGUCUUUGUCACCAGAUGUGUGCGAUCGUUUUAAGCGAUUUAGCUUUCCGCCCGAGGAAAUACCUGUGCCAACUCCCUUUAUUUUGUCUCCUCCUUCAUCUCCUUGCAAGAAACCUUCUGAAACUGAUAGACCAAAACGACCAAUGAAUGCAUUUAUGUUAUUUGCCAAACGUUAUCGCUUGGAGCUAAUUCAGAUGCAUCCUGGAAAAGAUAAUAGGGCUAUUAGUGUUAUAUUGGGUGAAGCAUGGCGCAAGUUACCUCCUGCUAACAAAGAGGAAUUUGUCUUGGAAGCUCGUGCUAUGGCUCAGGAGCAAAAACGUUUGCACCCCGAUUGCUGGAAAAGAAAGAGGUCUCAUUCAACAAGCUAAGCAAGUACUGUUUUUGGUAUUUUGAGAGUGAAUGUUUCUGCUCUAUUAUUUUCUUCAGAAUUUGUUUAUUGUUCGCCUGGUAAGACAAUGAUUGUCUGGCCAUUCAGAAUUUAAAUCUUUGUAGGGGUAUGGAAAUUUUCCUUCAUUUUGGGUUGUCUGGCUGUACUACUUCCAUGACCAGUACAGCUAUUAUUUGAGUCAGUCUUCUAAUUAGUGCUGUAACCAUCUAGUGAUGAAGAUGUUGAUUGUGGCAUGUCUCAUCCUGUUAGUGCUGGGACCUCAUAAUCAUUGAAUUGUGCUUCAAUGAACUUCAGUGUAAUUGGCCAACAUUCUGUCAUACUCAUUAACAGUGAAACUUUUUAUAAAUGUUUAUUAAUGUGAUCUUAUUUUCCUGGAUGCUUCACAUAUGACAUUAUUUGCUAGUUAGCCAAUAAAAGCACUGUUGAAAAUUUUCAAUAGUUUUAACAAUGUCACGUUAUGUUUAUUUAACCCAAUUGAUGUUGGUAAUCAGCAAGUCAUUUUAUGUCAGUUAUAAAUCUUCUCCAUUUUUGCUGUUUGCCAAAUAGAUGUUAUUUGUAAAAGUAUAGUUCUGUGAUUUGAUGGUUCCCAGACACACCCAGCUUGUUAUAUAAACCAGAAAUAUUAGAGAAACCAUCAACCAAAUUAUGUCUAGGCCACUAUCUCAUCUGUUAAUCAUAUCUUAAGUUAAUAUGGAAUCUGACUCAACCACCUAGGCCUGUGAGUCCUUGAUAAAACAUUUUUGUCACAAGUGUCAUGAUAUGUUUAUAACAAUCAUGCUGUGAAUUAAUUUGAUUGUACAUGAUUAAAAUGGAUGCUCUUCCUUAUUAUUACAUUUUACUAAUUUUCUGUGGAAGAUAUGACUAUUAUUUCUAAAUUGAAAUCAUAAAAUUACUUUUCAUUAGCUGUUCUUGAUCUCGAAUCCGCUUUUUCAUAUAAAAUUGUUCUCAGCGAGAAGUGAAAGAUGUAUGGAUAAGCAUAAAUGAAGUUUUAAACUUCCUUGGGUUUGUGUGUGCUCACAUAUACCUAAACAUUAUUGUACUUCAAGAAACUAAAAUUUUAUUGUGGUGUUUCCCUAGCUUAUGCCUAAUUGUCUCUUCUUUGAAGACUUCAUUAUUGUGCAAGGAACUUGAAAUAUCUUUAGGAUACAAUAAUUAUUUUUAAUAGGUAAAAUAAGUGGAAGUAUGUUUUAUUACUAAUGUUUGCUAGACGUUUAAAAAUAAGUCAAACAAGGCUAAUUUUAAAAAUAUGUCUUCCUAAUUCAUAACUACUCUUUUGAGUAAUUACCUUUUGAAGAUACUAUUGAGGACUUGUUACAACUUCAUUGUCCAUUAGCAACAAUUAUGAAUAUGGAAAUUCAAAGAUAAUAUGGAGAAUAUAAAGAAUAAGGAUGAAAGAAGAAUAUUUUAAGAAAGUUUUUGAAUUCAUAGUUUCACAAUUUGGGUUAUUUGGUUAUAAUGAAUAUUAAAGACUGAAAAUAUGAUCUGUGUAUUGAUAAAUAUGCCAUGAUAAAAAGAAAUCUGAGAAACAGUGAUAACUCAAUGUGUUAUUUUGAAUGGUUAUGAAAAGUCUAAAUACAGAUACAAUUAGUUACAGGAAAGUAGUAAAAGCAGAACCAUAAAAAUUAUUAAAAGAAAAUGAUGGUGACCCAAAAGUGUGAGCUAGGGAUGGUACUAAUAAAGAGCUGAUGAGUUUAAAAGUGAAUAAUAAUUCUUUGGUGCGUGAUCAGAAAGGUCAUUUUUGGCCAUUUUUAGUUUUUCACACAAUAUUGACGACAGAAAUCAAAACAAAAACAAGCUUUAAGUCUAGGAGAUAUACCGCCAUUUAUUUCAUCACAUGGCAAAUUAAAAGCUAAAAAAUCUUACUCUAUAUCUCUGUUUGUAUUUCUGUUAACAAUGGGUGUUUUAUGUCAUUAUUUGUGUGAAAGUCAAUUUCUACUUAUUCAAAAGCCAGGAUGUACUAUUGCAGCAUCUUCAAAGUUUUUGUUGCUCUGAAUGAUAAUUGUCCUGCCAAUAUAGUGAACUGAAGUUGCCAAUUGAAGGUGAAUUUGUAUAGAAAACCCUAAUUACUUUUGGAGGCAGUGUAAAACUGCCAGUACUGUUAUGUAGAAUUAAAGUAAACGUAAAGAAACAUUCAGUGACCAUUCAGUCUACAAAAUUUGGCAGAUUUUGCUACCUUGCUUGGAUUUAAAAUUCAAUAUUGAGCAAGAAUAACUGGCCUGAGUUCUGCCUUUUCAUGUGAGGAAAAAUUUUUUUUAAUGUCAAGAUCAUUCACACUUCUUGUUACUUAGAAAACAUUCUUCUGCAUAAAAAAAAAAAAAAAAAAAGAUUUAUUAUUGAAAAAGGUAACGGUAUGUGCACAGUUUUGUGUAAUUGUUUGUGGCAAGACUGACAUUUUAUGUGAUAACGUAUGUGAUGUUAUUUUACUUUCUUAAAAAUUGGGAAUGUUAAAAACUUUUAUACUUAGCAAUUGGUCAAUGAUUAUCUUAUGCCUAGAUUGUGUACGUUAACAUUGUAGGUAAUAUGAAACAAAAAUUCAGUACUUUCUAUUGAAAAUUAUGAAUGGACCUACAUUCUUUGCUUUUUUUUUUUACUCUACAAAUGAAGUUGGUUAAUUUGGCUAUAGGCAUGUAGAAAUAACUAUAAAUAAUAGCUUCAAUUUGUAGCAACAUGUUCAUGAGGAUCUAAAGGACAUAUGAGAAGUACAUUGCAUUCUGGAUCAUAAUUCAGAUUUGCACUGAAUCUGAAAUUCUUAUUUGUUUUCCAUUUCUCUACUUAUGGAACUAUUUCAAAUGAUGCACAGAUACUCUUUGCAUGAAGUACAGACCUCUGUUUUUCUACCUUUUCCAUGUUAAAUGUUUCUUGGAUUGAUUCAAUAUUCUGGCAGGGGCAUUCUAAAAAUUCAAAGGAAUUUCAUUUAGAAUAAUAUAUUAAAACACUUCCAGAACCAAAGCAUUGCAAUCGUGGGAAUUAGCCGUUAAUCUGUGUUCAAAGAUUUAAUUUGGAGGCAUUUGAAUGACAUGCUAUUGUAUCUUGCCAAUUGCCCACAAAGAUUCAAUGAAUUCUUAGAGAUAAUGUACAAAUUUUCUUUAAUGUACAUCAAAAAUAUUGCUCCACACUGGAGCAUUGUGUUCCAAACUUCAAUGUUCCAGAGUUCUAUUCCAAAUUCUUGUUUACGUUAUCCUUGCAUUCUGCAGUAUUUUCUGUCAAUAUGAAAAGACAUUAAAGCAUAGCCUUAAAAAGUUCUCAUGUACAUUGAACUAAAAUUAUAUUUUUGGCAUAAUGUGGAAACCAUUUUCUGAUUUUGAAAAUAUUGUUAAAAUAUGUUUCAUUUGUGUUUGGAAUUGAGUAAAAUUUUUGUGAAAUUUGGAUGGCAAGUAGCAUUGGGACAAUCUGCCAAAGUACACAUGCAACCCGCAGUGCAUGACUGAUAUAUUUCUGAAAAUUCAAUAAUAUCCCGUUAAGAUUACAUGCAUGCAUGUAAAUACGUAAAAUUAUUUAAUUCUUAUUGUGUUGAAAAUUUCUUACAAAAUUUUUAUUUGCUUAGUUGUGAGUUCUUUUGUUUCUUAUUGCAAAAAUCCUAAUUAUUGUGUAAAUAUUAAUUGUGAAGGAAAUGUAUGAAAAUUUAGUGGAAAACUUGUUGAAAGGAAAUGUGUUUCUUUUGUCAUUGAACCAUCAGAAUUAAACGAUAAGAAUUGAAUGGAAUCGAAAUGAACAUUAAUAUUUUAUAACAUUGUUUAGCUGGAUGCCUUGAAUUAAGAAGCUUUAACUGUACAUCUUAAAAUGGUUAUUCAUUGCAAUGAUGAGGUGGUCUAUAAAAUGGAAAUAUAUGAACAAUAAUAACAUAACGAUCACAAACAAGAAAAAUAGCAGGAAGAAAAUGAUUGAUGAAAUGAAACAGAAUCAUAUUGAUUUCAAAAGGAAAUGGAAGGAAUGUGAAUGGAACUAUACGAAAAAACUAUAGAAAUCAAGAAGCUUUUUUUAUUGUUUCAAAAGAAUCAAUGAGGUACUUUGACAGUGAUUUUGGUUCAAAAUGUUAUGAUACCCAUCUCAUACGGUAUGAUGAAAGAAUGGCUUGUGUUAGUAGGAAAGAUUCAUCACCAAGAUUCAGCUCAAAGUUGACUUUGGACCAUGCCACAAAGCAGUAAUACUUGUACCUGAAACCCGAAAUAAAUGUGUUGCUUUACACAUUGAAUGCUUCAAAAACCAAAUAUGAACAUACAUAUAUGCAUGUGUACAGACAUAGAAAAGAAAAGUUAAAAGGUAGAAUAAUUUCAAAAAUAAAUGAGUUCUGCUGUAGGAGUUAAUGUUAAAUUAAUAAUAGUUUCUAUUUUAUGUCAUAUGUUUCAUCCCAAACAUCCACUUCUAGAGUCACUAGAAAGUUCAUCAAAAUCAGUGUGGUUCAUCCCUAAGGCCCCAGGCCACAUGAGGCUCUCAAACACAGUUUUUGCCCCUCUUGCUUAUUUAAUAAAUAAUGUAUAAAUGACUUGAAUGCAUAGAUUUUGAAGAAUUUUCGGAAACCUUUUUCAAAACAGGUUCUUGUUUGUUUUUAAGGUUGUAAAUCUCUCUACAAAUUUAUCAUUACCAGGCAGCACGUAUGUAGUGAAAUUGCUUUUCUGAUUCCUAAAACUUUUAAAUUAAAACCAAGAAAUCACAUGGAAAGUGCUUUAACCUAUUUGUGUGGAAGGACAGGCACUACCCAUCCACGAGCUUUGUUUUACAAUAUGGCAAAAGAUUUGCAUCAUAUGAAAUGAUAAGGUGUAAAAGAAAUGGGGUGAAAAAUAUUCAGUCCCGGAAGACAAAAUAAAUCCAAAAUAAAUUAAGACUUUAUUUAGUUAAUGGAAUUGAACCUGCAAAUAUAUCUGACAGAAGUUCAGAAUCGUGCAUCAGAAAAGUAGUGACAAUCUUCACAUUUAUUUUUUGUACUCAUAGGUGAGGGUAAAAUGGGACAAUACAUUUAUAAUUUAUUCUAUGUUAUUUUUGAAUACGUUAUAUUGAGUAUGUUAUAUUGAAUUAUUUGUUUCUGUAUUAAACUUAUAGUUAAUGCUGUUAAAAUUCAGUUAGUUAUGCUUAACGUCGUUUAUGAACAAGACUCUGGCAGAAGUAGUUGUCCCAGCCUGCCCAGAUGCAUUUAAAUUGUUCCUCAGGUUACAAAACAUUGCACCACGCUAAAUUAUUUAGUUGCAUGAAAAACUGUCAGUGAUAUUUUACUACAAAUAUAUUCAAAUUUUAUUGAAACAAAUGUUUUAUAACAAUUUAUAAGCUAGUGUUAAAUAUGAUUAGUUGUUUAAUACCAAUAUCCAAAUGUGAAGUUGGUACUGGGUUUCCCUAGAAGUAACCCAAAUAGCUGCUUAGGACCAUUGUGGUAGGAGCCCCUGAUGUAGCCUAAUUUUCAGAAAACAUAAAUUAUUGGUUUUCACAAAACAAUCACUUUUGUGAAACAAACUUUUCUAUGUUUAAAUUUAGUAUUAAUAAGGUCAUUGCCAAUUUACUGUAUGUUUAUUAUUGUAAUUAUAGUAUAAUUUUUCAUUUAAAACGACAGUUACAAAUAGAAACAAUGACAGUGGUAAAGCAUUUUUGAGAACUUCUAUCAUACACAAAAGUUGAUUUCUUUUGCAUGGCAGCGAUGGCCAUGUGAUUAAUGAUAGGCUGUUUUCAGCUUUCCCAGACUGUUUUUAUCUUUGCCAAUUAUCUUUGCCAAUUGCAAAUUGUUCUGGGGGAAGGUCAUUUCAGUUACAUUAAAAAUGAUUUAUGUUCCGCAGUGUGCCGAGAAAAAUGAACCAUAACCAUGUUAAGCUUGCUUUUCAUUGAAGAAAAUAACCUUAAAGAACUGAACUUCAAAUUCCAGGUUUUUACAUUUUAAACUUUAAAAAAAUUGCAUAUUGAUAAGGGUCCCCUUAUAUUGUGCUGUUAGGAGCCUCCUUGUACAUAAAUCCAGCUCUGUAUGUAGUUCAGGUUCAUAUUGAAAAUAUUUUCACAUAUGAUAGUGACAUGAAAUAUAAAAAAUCUGUCAUAAGUUUCUUAAUACCUAAAACUUAGCUCUUAAAUUGAUAACUGUUCAGGAAAGUCAACAACCAGUUUUCUGAUACUCUUCUGUCCUGAGACAUGUCAUGAAGAAGAAAAACUUUAUAUGACUACAACUUAAAAAAACAAACAAAAACAGCUAGAGAUACUAAUUGGGCGUUCAAAUUUGCCCUUCUCAAGAAUUUAAGCAUCUGGUUGAUACCAUAUCGGCCACUAAGAAUCAAGUUGAACAAUUUCAACUGCCUGGUUCCAAAAUGAGUCUGAAGUGCUAAUUUUUACUGGCAUGUUUCUGUGACUUUCCUAAGAAUUUAGAAGAAUUCAUUGAAGAACAAGUCGAAGCAUUACUCAAAGAUAUGAAUGAUAUGCAGUGGUGUUGGAGUAUUUAAUAGAGUGCACAUAUUAUGGCCAAAUACAAUUGAUCUACUACAUGUAAUACUAUUUCCAGAGUACUUGACAUUGUGUAUUCUCAGAUUCAACAGGAAGAGAAAAAAAAAGAUUGCGGAACAAGCAGGCAUCUUUUCUAAAUUGGUUUAUGAACUGCAUUCUUGAGAAAAGAUAUUUUUGUGUUAAGCAUUAAGAAAUAUAAGUAGGUACCAGUAUUUACAAAAUGUACAGUAUUCUGUGACUAUUCUUCUAAUGAUAAGUGUACAUCACUAUUACAAAAACAACAUUUUGCAAUAUUACCAAAUAACUUAACACCAAACGGAAACAAUAUUCUUUUUUAGAUUCAGUGCACCGAAGUUAUUGACAGAGUUUUUCAUUGUGCUAGUGUUUCUUUUAUUUUUAUUUUAACUUUUUUAAAGUUGUAUAAGAACUUCUGAUGAAUGUUUACUGCCCUGUUCUUGCAGAGGAAUUUUAUAUGGCAAUGUUAAAAAACUAUUAGGAUGUUGUUAGGUGCUCUUCUGUUAGUUAUUUUUUCAAAUUUUUUUAUUUUAAGCUUAGACAACAUGACAUAUUUUCCUCCUUAUUUCUACAUUUCCUGUUUGCCCUUUAUUUUGUUCUUCAUUGACAUUAUAUUUGUGUCAUGAGAAUAUUCUGUGGAGUUCCUGAGAAAAAUAAUUGUAUUAACUACACUCUUUGUUUAUAUCAUGUACAUUAGGGACUUUAUCUUAAAGAUACUAUUGAAUUCAUUGUAAUGUCAUAUGUGGGAAAUUUUGAAUUCAUCUUUUGAAUUUUCUUGUAUCAUUCACAUGAAUGCAAUUUCAAUUACCUUUGAAAUUUUUCUUGGAGACUUGUGAGACUUGCUCAAAUAGUGUCCUCAAUUAUGCGGUCACCUCCAUUAUUGGCCGUUUUUCAUGUAACCAAUUGAUUUUUCCAUAUGUCAUGAGUAAAUGUUCCCUCUUUUUGUUGAUCAUUUUGCUAAGUAGCUAAAGGCCAGGCACAUUUCAUAGAUUGACUUUUAUUAAGUGAUCACAAUCAAGUGAUUUUGAACUGUUAUGUAAUGAGAAGCAAAAUAAUCAUGAAGAUUACUGUUGUAGUAUCUUCCUAUAAUGGAAUCAUUGUCAGAUUACAUUAAACAGUGAUAUCCAGAGAAGCGUAUCUCACAGAAGGAUUAAUUUCUGUGCCAGAUAAUAAAAGAUGAUUUUAAUAAAUAUCCCUAAAAGAAAGAAAAACAUGUCUCUUUUGUCCAUUUCGUAGCAUUCUUAUGGUUUGCUAACUCAUGCUUCUCUUCUUUGGGAUAGUUAAGGACUCGUGGAGCUUGCCUCAUGAGCGAAUCUGAUCUGAAGGUCGUUUGCUAACUCCUUCGUCAGACGACCCUGCUAUAAAGUUUUCGCGGGAUGUGAAUUGUAUCUUGUGGUCAAGUUUGCUUAUUUGAUUCAGUGACGACAGAAAGGGGUUUCAGUGGCUGAUCCUCCAAUCGAACAUUUUUUAAAAAAUUUUACCAGUUCAUUCAAAAUAAUAAUAAUAAUAAUAAUAAUAAUAAUAAUAAUAAUAAUAAUAAUAAUAAUAAUAAUAAUAAGGUUGAUGUCUCCGCCAUUCUGAAGCACUAAUCUCAUUAUGAGUAUAUUUACAUUUUUUAUAUCAAGCUAACAAUUACAAUUUUUUUAAAAAUUAUUAUUAUUUUAUUAUUUGUGAGGCAUUUGUACUGAAAGUCCCCUCUCCCUGAAAUACUUUUUGGAUCCCCUAGCCAAGAGGCGGCAAAUGGUUCUGAAUACCUUAUUUAAAUUAUAUUUUGUUAUUUAUGGUAAUUAAAAAUGUUAGAGACGUUUCAUAGCAUUUAGCACAUUUCUAUUUGAUUUACGCUUUCAAUGAACCUUUUAUCCUAGAUUAAGCUGCCACCUUUAUUAUGGCCAAUUUUUGCCAGAACCAUUGAUGGCCGCCUAAGAUAGGUUUUACUGUACUAUUUUAUUACCAAGGCUAAUAUUAUUGCAAGCAUAUUGGGCGUAAAGUUUGAUUACAGUGUUCAUAAACUAGAGAAUACUGGCAUAUAAUAAUUAUAGUAAUUUUAUUGUAAUCACUUCUGACAGUGGUAGUACCGUAAAUGAAUUUUGGACAGAUGAAAAAGAAUAACAAAAGAAUUAUGUAUGAUCACUGUUCAAACCAAUAAAAAACGCUUUUAUGACAUUCCGAGACACUCAUCAGGACUGUUUAGUUACAGUGUUAGUUACAUAGAAUCAAAUUUUCUUUAGUAUGUGAAACAAACCCCCCAAAAAAUCAUUUAAAACUAAAAUGUGCAUUCAUCAACUUGUAAAAAAAAUAUAUAUAUAUCAGGUUUCUAAUUCAACAAUUUUUAUGGUAUUUCAUGAAAGGGACUUACAGGUAGUUGUCUUUUGCGUGAUAUUGAUGUGUAUAAAAGAUAGGUGUGCUAUUGAAGAAGAUUUGUUAUCUAGUAUAUGAAAUGAAAAAUAGCUCAUUAAAUGAGCAGUUAAUUAUACAUCUGUGGCUUAGCCAAUUUAUCUGGUAAUUUGUUAAUAAAAAUUACCUAUUGAUUUCAAUCAUUGGUGGCCUGAGUGCUUUCAAGUACAGUACGUCUUUCAUAAGAAGCAAUUCUGGGAACAAUUCUUCAUCCUCUUAUUUGAAAGACGCUAUGAACGUUAAAUAGCAAGUAGGAACAGAAUUUUGUUAUUUUCGGUGCUGAUAGCCUUCUUGGCAUUGGAUUUCUCUUUAAGUGAAAUAAUAUUGUCUUUUGCCCUGUAAUUUCCAAGAUGGUGCAGAAGUAAUAAUUUAGACUAUGAAUUGCAUUUUUAUUUUAAAAGUUACUCAAAUUUUCGUCAUGAAGUUGCUUUAAAAAAAUGUGCUAAUUCUAGGUGAAAUAAUUGGGCAAUUUUUACUAACUGUUUUUGAAGAAAUCAAUUACCAAGUGUAUGAAUAGACAGUGUAUUAAAUCCAAAGAAUCAAAAUUACUUUCACAUAAAGAAAAAGUAAUAAAAUAGUAUUGCUUCAUUUUAUGGACCAGCUAUUUAAGUUUGAUGACCAUACUUGUUUUAUUAUUUAUCAAUGUUAUCAUAAUUUUAUCUUAUGGGUGUUUUUCAUGUUACAAUCUUGAGUCUGCUCUCUUCUAGAAAUGUCCUUUUUGCCUUAUGCUAAGUACAUACUAAUAUCAGUAUAUUUCUGUAUUGCCUGACAGAGUUACACAGCAGGGAAACCUGCUCAAACUGUAAGUGCUCACUUCUAUUAACAAGACUUUUUUGUGGAACCAAUUGAUUUUCCCAUUACUAAUGUGAAAAUGUUCCAUCUUUUAAGUGGUCACAUGCCCCUCCCCAGUCAGCGACCACACACAUUCUGUAGAUUAAUCUGUAUUAGACAUUUUUUCCCAACCAAUUUGAAAUUUUGAUCUGUAACGCUAUAGUAGAAACAAGGCUGCUGGAGAUUACUGUUAGAUUAGUAUUGACUAAGUAUAUUCCUUUGUUGUGACAUAUCGUAACCUAUCAUCAGAUCACUCAGAACAAUGACAUGUAGUGGCUUCUCACUCGGAGGCAUUAUUUGUUUUUUACAUCACAAUAAACGAUUUUCAUUUAUGCUCACUGAAGAUGAAAAUUCAAGGUGAAAAUUGCUGCUUCAAAUUUAGUUGGGAAUCAAGUCUAUGAAUAAAAAUGAAACAAUGGUGCAGAAAAGGCAAUAGUACAAAUAUUGGAAAUUGAAAUAUUUUGUAAAAGAGUUGUUUAAGUACUCUUAAAUGCUUUAAGUGCAAUUUUAAAAUUUAUUAAGAACAAAGCAUGCUUCACUUCAUUGCAAACAAAAUUAGAUGGAAUAUUGAUAUCCCAUAAUCUCAUUACCUCAAUUGAGUGGCCACCUAUGUUAAUGGUCAUUUUUCUCUGGAACCCAGUGACCGCUUAAGACAGGUUUCACUAUAUCUUGUAGUGAUGACUGGUUCUCUGUAUAUGAAUGUCUUGGAUAUCUUUCCCAAGGCCCUAAAAGUAAUUGCUUGUCAGGUAUGAUCUUUAUGACCAAACAUUUGUGAUUGUAUGAUACUGAAUCAAACAAAUCUUAAUGUGAAAAGUGAAAAUUUAUUUUAAUUUUCAAAAUCUAUCCCUUUUUUAUUGUUUUAACAUUAAUGAAAUGAAAUGAAAUUUGUUCAUGAUACUGUUGAAGUAAAUAAGAUUU